UCAUUAGUCUGCUUGAUCUCUUCCCUUUGUCUAACCAAUUCACUUCUUGUGCGACUCUGCGCCUGCGCUUUGUGCUCGGUUCAACAACGUGUUCUAUAUGUUUGCAGCGUUGCUCAAUCUCGUCAUGAUACCUCCUCGUCACGUGCUGAUCUGACAAUUCACCCUUCUUCAGCCAGCUAGACCCUCAUUCAGCCGGCGUCGCAUACUUUCGUUACCAGAAUGCGCACUAUAUGGCCGCUAUUGGCGGUUUUUGGGGCGGUUGCCGCUCAGAAUAGCACGGUGGAAGGGCUCGACUACGGGCCUCCACCAUCGGAAUAUCCAGCGAACUCGGGGUAUCCAGUGUCGACUACCUGUAGUGCCCAGACGGUCACGGCGACAUAUACAGCUCCAGGCGGUGGAUAUGGAUCCACGACAACCAUCACACAGACAAGUUGGAAUACGACAACACUGUGGGAUACCACCACCUACUAUAAUAUAACCACGGCUACACAGACUGAUACUGUCACUUCCACGACAACAUGCACCACUACAGAGACCGACACCAUCACCCAAACAUCGACAACAACCUGCACCACAACCAUUAUUGAACAUGUGACUGAUAUUGAGUACAUUCCUACUACAACGGAGAAGACCAUAGAUCGGACGGUCGUAACCACUCAACCAGUGACAGAAAUAUCGAUAAGCACGUACAUCACAAGCUUCACCUCAUUGAUUACUUCAUAUAUUCCAAUCUAUAUUACUGAACCGGGAACUACCAUUACAAGUUAUGUCCCGACGGUGAUUACGACCACUAUCACUUCGACCGCAAGCUAUCCAUACACAGUCAUUGAAAGUGUCCCGUAUACGACAAUUGAAAGUGUACCUUAUACAGUCACCACAGAGAGGCUUGUCCCGACCACCGAGGUAACGACUUCCAUCUCAACCUAUGUCUCGUACAUUACGACCACCAUCACCAUCGUAACAACGACCGCGGGUGAGCCAGUUACAAGUAUCGUCACGACCAUUGUUCCUACCACCGUCACGGAGAGUAUACCAUAUACGACUGUUGAAAGCGUUCCGUACACAGUUGUUGUUCCAACCACAGAGAUUCAGUCCGUCCCAAUCACUGUCCCGACGACAGUAAUUUCAACUUCCACAUAUGUGACCACGAUUGUCCAGCCCCCGACUACGAUCACCGAGACCAGCACAGUCUCGUUACCUGGAUCAAUUGUUACCAUAACGACCACCUCUGUCGUCCCACCUACGACAGUCACCUCCACCAUAACCACUGAAAUCACACAGACUCUGACACAGGUCGUGCCAACUACAGUUGAGCGAACAGUCGAUCGCACCAUCACGCCCAGCGCCAGCCCAAGUUCUUCGUCUCCGCUAUCCGUCUCAUGCACCACCGGCUGUCAGGUUGACGUCACAGCAACUCGGUUGGCAUAUCCGGGAGAGGUCACUGUCAGCACAGUAUUCUAUCCCCUCAUUAGUGUCGAUGUGUAUCUCGACCGCGAAGGACGCACCACGAGCUCCUCCACUACUGUAAGGCCCACUCCGACGCAAACACCAACCUUGACGUGGGUGUACUCUUCUGUCACUCUAACCUACCCAACCGUCUAUGCAUUGUACGAUGAUUACACGCACAUCAAGAUUGAGCCUGUCUCCACAUCUUGCUCCACCGCACGGCUAUCGCUUACCCUCCCCUCACCAACGAAUUUGGCUCCUCUCAUCCUCCCUGAAUCCGAAAUCCCCAAUCCUUCGUUGGUGCCGCCGGUUGUCGUAGACUACCUAAACAGUCUCCCCACCGUCGUGGAACAGCUUGGGCGACCCAUCGGCACAGGGGCAUGUGACCCGCUCGUCGGCAGCACCAGGAAUCCGGUCACCGCGUCCCUACCGGUUACCACCACCGUCACAACUAUACCUCAAAUUGAUCAAGUCACCACAAGCACGCAUAUUGCGCAGGCUGUGUCUGACCCUUCAGUUGGGAUCACAUCCACGCAGCCUCCCCCAUCUUCGAUACCACCACCCAGCUCAGCAACCCCAAGCGAGACCCCAACUCCAUCCAGCACAUCUGAACCUUCCAGCCAAGCUCCACCACCAUCUUCGGGUACGCCCCCUCCUCCUUCGUCCGCGCAACCCCCUCCCACUUCCGCACCACCAUCAUUGGGUACGCCUUCUCUCCCUUCAUCUGUGCAACCCCCUCCCAGCUCCCCACCUCCGUCAUCAACGCCUCCUGACUCUUCCACUCAAGAACAACCCUCCCCGCCACCAUCCUCUACGCCCGAACCUUCCACCCAGUUGGAAACCAGCUCCGUUAUCUCAGAACCCGAACCUCCUUCUAGUAGCACCCCUCCACCACCAGAAACCCCCGAACCCGAAUCUUCCGCUCCACCGUCAUCAAUGCCUUAUACUCCGCCGCCCGCAACGCCCUCGCCUUCUUCCACGAGGACAACUACAGAAGCGAUCAGCAGCACCCUCAGCGCUCCAUCCUCUUCAAGUAGCCUACCGCUGCAGUUUACAGAUGCAGCUGCGAAUGUGAGGCCGGGUGUGCUGUUUGGAGGAAUGAUUGGAUUGGCGGGAUGGGGAGUUGGUGCGGGAUGGAUAUGAUGUCCGGUUUUGUUCUGUUUUGCAACGG